AGAUCUGUUUCUACAAAGAUGGCAGCCAUGUUUGUUGCUGCAAGAUUGUGUGUGCCGAAUAUUGGCAAAAGUAUGUCACUAAAUUCAAAUUUACUAGUUGUGAGAUCACAAAAUGUCAAUCAAGUAAAAGGUUACGCAAGUCGCUCUGGUUUUCGGAGAACUACCAUAUCGACUAGAAGUCCCACACUCAAAGAAAGGUUGUUUGCUCCUGAGCAAGGAACUGCUUUUAAUUUAGGAAAAGGUUUAUUACUUGGAGCUUCAGCAUUUGGAAUCGGUUCACUUUGUUAUUAUGGAUUGGGUUUAUCUAGUGAGCCAGGAGCUGUCGAAAAAUCCAUGGUAUGGCCUCAAUACGUCAAAGAUAGAAUAAGGGCUACAUAUUCCUACUUUGGAGGCAGCAUUGUAGUUACUGCUAUAUCAGCUUAUGCUAUUAGCCAGUCUCCUAAAUUACUAAACCUUAUGAUGAGAAGCUCUUGGAUUGCCAUUGGUGCAACUUUUGCAGUAAUGAUUGGAAGUGGCAUGCUUGUAAGAUCUAUGCCUUAUUCCGAGGGUAUUAAUGGAAAACAUUUAGCUUGGCUAUUACACAGCAGUAUCAUGGGAGCUGUUGUUGCACCACUUUGCUUUCUCGGCGGACCAAUUUUAAUAAGAGCUGCCUGGUACACUGCAGGAGUUGUUGCUGGAUUAUCAAGUGUGGCAGCAUGUGCUCCCAGUGAAAAGUUUCUACAUAUGGGUGGUCCAUUAGCUUGUGGACUUGGAGUUGUAUUUGCCGCUUCCUUAGGAUCUAUGUUUCUGCCAGCAACCACUGCUCUAGGUGCAGGUUUAUAUAGCAUAAGCAUGUAUGGUGGUCUAGUUUUAUUUGGAGGAUUUUUAUUAUAUGAUACCCAACGUAUUGUGCGUAUGGCUGAAAGUUAUCCCUUGUAUGCUUACAAACCUUAUGAUCCCAUUAAUGCGUCUAUCUCAAUUUACUUAGAUACAUUAAAUAUAUUCAUUCGAAUUGCAAUGCUUUUGGCUGGCGGUGGCUCCAGAAGAAAAUGAACGUAAGAUUGUUAGCGUUAGCGGUUGUAAAUAUAAACAUUUCAUUGAUUCAUCUGUAUAUUAUCUGUAGUUUUAUUUGGUUUCCAAUAAAUUAUUGAAAUGUA